AUGGUUUUCCUAAGCAUAUUUAUUUGGUUUCCCUCCUCGGUCAAUGUAUCAUUUGCAAGCUCAUCCUUCUCAAGAAGCUUGCUUCCGGAAGAGCUUGGCCUCAAGAAGCAGAAGCUGAGCCACCUCCACUUCUACUUCCACGACAUAGUGAGUGGCCGCAAUUCAACUGCAGUGCGCGUGGCCAAGGCCAAGAUGACCGACCCAUUGAACGAGGGCCCAGAAUUGAGCUCCAAGAUCGUCGACCUGGCUCGGGGACUCUAUGCGUCCUCAUCGCUGAGCGAGAUCGGCCUCUUGAUGGUGAAGAACUACUUCUUCACUGAAGGGAAGUACAACGGGAGCACGCUCAGCGUACUCGGCGGGAACGCUGUGUUCUCCGGCGUAAGGGAGAUGCCAAUCGUCGGCGGGAGAAGGCUCUUCCGGUUCGCGCGCGGGUACGCUCGGGCGAGGACACACUCGCUCGACCUCCAGACAGGCGAUGCGGUUGUGGAGUACAACGUUUACGUCUUCCAUUAUUGA